AUGUCCAGUGAUAGAGCAUGCAUGCUAUGUGGCAUAAUCCAAACGACGAAUGAGUUUGGUAGGGAAGGCUGUCCAAAUUGUCAAGGUGUAUUUGAACAAGCCGGUGUCUCCGCCAUGGAAUGUACAUCACCAUCAUUUGAAGGUAUGGUUGGGAUGUCUAAACCUACGAAAUCAUGGGUUGCAAAGUGGCUGAGUGUGAACCAAGGUAUUCCGGGUAUAUAUGCUAUUAAGGUCGACGGUAGGUUGCCUCCAGAAGUGGUUGAAUUAUUACCACAUUAUAAACCAAGAGAUGGUAGUCAGAUUGAAUAG